AUCAAACAGGAAACUUGUUAUUCUUCUCCCGACGUUAGUUGAAGCAACUGCUACAAACCCAAAUCUGCAAUGCGCAUUCUCAGUUAUUUGAUGCUCAUCGGAGCGGCUAUAGUAACACAUUUGAGAUCAGGAGCCGACGCCUUCACGCUCGGUCGCCAUAAUUCGACCCUCGUCAUCGACAUUGACGAUUCGCACGAGACGGCUAACUUUCUCGACAGUGCGGAGAGCAACCAGACAUCGAUAGAGAACGAUUCUUUAGAAGUCAUGGGCACCCGUUUAGUAGUAAAUACCAGUCCUAUCGGUCAUCACCAGCAAUCGACGCCCAUUGCGGACCAGCAACCAGUUGAGCUCCGUGUUGACAGAGAUUAUUCGUGGGAAGACUUGAUUGAUAAUAUCUCAGAGUUGGAUCGACCUCAACCGCCAGUCGGUAGUCAGCCCACCGGGGUGGCCCAGUUUGCUGUUGAUCAGGACGACUCGUUAGAAGAUGUGAUUGAAGAUCUAGCCGCCCAGCGAAUCAUUCUUGGGACUCCCCAUCAAACAGUUGGCGAAGUUGUUGCCCAGCAAAACGUCCCUGCGGCUGUUGGUCCGGUUGCCCAGUCAACAAACCUUGGAACACUAACAGAUAGAAGCAGCUUCGGUCUUUUGGCUGUCGAGGAUGACGACGAUUUCUCGUUGGAAGAUUACGCCGAUUUCGUCAAUCCGCACGCCAUUCAGCCGACGGCAGCCAAUAACUUUCACCAUCUGCCCGACACCUUGUUCAGCACCCACCCAACGUCCGACGACUGGUUCCUCGUCAAGCAUUUCAUGGACGACCAUUACGUUUGGGAACUGGGCGAUGAAUUGGCCAAAGAAUAUUUCUGGCAGCCGGUAAAAGCCCCAGGUGGGGUGUAAUCGACUGGACAACAUCCCGCUGUGAAUGAAAGAAAAAAAAAAGUGAUGGAAGAGCGAACAUAAAAAUUAGAGAUACACAAAUUAUUAUAGUAUGAUCUUUUCCCGGCCGCACUGCUUUCAACAGCUCACCGUUCCGUGUACGGUGAGCUCAUUUAUACUAACGGGUAGCUAUAACAGUGUAAAUAUCGUUUUUGUUUUAAAAAAUACAAUCCUGUUUAAUUGUGUUGAAUUGUUUUCCUUUCUAGCAAAUACAUUCAACGUUGCGCAAUUAUAGCAUCACACAAUAAAUGGCAAUGGCCAAGGUUGUGCAAACGAGUUGUCGAGAUGACGUCAACAGCUUUUUCUCUCCGAGAAAACAAACAGGAAGUAGAGACGCACACACAAAACCAAAGACACAACAUAAUAGAAAAGGAAAUAGAGUAGUGAUUAAAAAAAUUCCGGCCUCUAUUAUAUACAGGCUGUGAUAAUAGACGUCAAAGUGCAAAACAAUUUUGGAAAUUUCUUUCUUGCUGAUGCAUCGUUCCCCGGUCCGCAAGGUCUUUUUUGCCCAGGCUUUCAUUUCCUGUGUGUCGGCAUUCGAAUCUUGUGUCCUUAACUUCCUCCCACACGAACCUUCAUCAUUAGUCAAUUCCUUAUAAAACUGCCGGGGUAAAUAUUCAAUUCGUGAGAUUGUCGUUCAUCUUCCGCCUUAUUAUUCAUACAGUAGAUAUACAGUAUACGCUGUUGAGAAACUUGUGAUCUAAGCUGUUGCACAACAAAACAACAAAAACAAAUAACCUUCCCGCGAGGCAUUUCGCGUUGGCGUCUACGUAUUUUUUCUUUUCCAUUCGUCGAAUCACGAAACGCAUAAAUAUUAGCGACAGCCAACGCCAGCAUUGUUAUUCUUCCCGCGGUAGUUCACACAACUAGUAUUACAGAAACACGAUCCUCCAUGAGAAAAUGGCGCUAUUUAAUGCUCGUCGGAGCAGCAGUGCUCGUGACUCAGCCCAGAGUCGCCAACUCCUUCAAUCUCCUUCGUCCGUCUUCCAGCAACUCGCAGGAGACGACCCAUUUUGGUAGUACGACGCGGAAGGACGGAAUCCACAUGGAAGAUUUGAAUCGCCAUCCAGCAGCAACUGUCCUGAUGCAGAAUAUCCAAACCACCACGGUGUUUCCCAUCAUCAAGCAAGAGGACGACUAUUACAACGAUUAUUCAGAUGAAGGCCCAGCCGAGUUUGUCGAUUUGGACGCCAUCAUCCAGCCAAUGUCGUUUGAUCGCACGCCCGUCACCGGACUCUUUAAACUGGCCAAUUCCAACGACUGGAUCGUCGUCGACCGUUAUUACAUGGACCAUUUUUACUUUGGGGACUUGGGAGAUGAUUUGACAGCCAAGGAACAUGUUUAACAAUCACCUGGAAGGUAGAAAAUCACCGGAAGGUAAAAAAACAGUUUUGAUGGCGACCCUGACGGGAAUCACGACGACUGGAUAAAAUAAUAAUACCGCUGCAUUAUCAGAUGAUCGGUUUGUUUUCUUAUUUACUAUAACUCUGAUGCCAUUUAGAAAUUUAGAAAAUAUUUAGCGCCGGGCCUGUCGGUUUUUUUUUUUUUUCAAGUAUUGCAAUGUCAUUUCAGACCAGUUGUAUAUACUCAGUAUCUCUGGACAAAGCCAAAUAUACACUCAUGUGCCGUA